AUGCAGGUUUACUUCCUGUCUUCUUAUAAGAGAUCAAAAACGAAGUGUCCAGAGAGCGGCAGGCACACGCGGGACUGCUGGCGGGCUGGGAGCUGUGCAGCUGCAGGGACAGACGCGCAGCCAGAACAGCGGCGUGCGGCAGCCAGCGGUCUCCCUCCAAGUGCUGGGGCGGGUGAAACCCCAAGAGGCCGGGCCCCCGCGUUAGCCACGGCGACGGCGAUCACAGCGUGGGGCCGCUGCCAGCCCAGCGUCCUUAACGGAAGGAGGAUCGCUCCUGCUGCCCCUACGACUGACUCCUCCGGCUCACCGUCUUCCCUCUGGGAGGAAGGGGCGGGACAUCCUGCCUUUCCGUUGAGCGACUUCCGGCGGCUCCCUGGACAACUCCGUCGCGAACUGACCGCCGGACUCUACAGCCAAAAUACAGGAUCUCGGGACCGGUUUAGUAAAACCCACUCCAAGUACCCUUUUUCUUUACCUCGAAUGGCCAACGGGUCCGUGUGCCGUCUUGUUUUCGGUACAUCAUCUCUUACCGGAAGUCGCUCGGAGAUGAAGCCGGAAGUCCCACCCCUCCCCAAGAGAAAACGGAAAGCCGAGGGAGUCAGUCUAAAGGAGAGACAGUGCUCCAGCUGGAAAGCUGGCGGUGUCGGCCGGGGUGGGCAACCUGGGACUUAGAGGGUCCGCGAGCGGGUUCCUCCCGGGCGACUCUGCCUCCGCCUCCCGUCCCUCCUCCAACCCCCUCGCCGCCCGCCUUGGAAAACCCCGAGGGUGACGCGGGAGAAGCCGACGCGCCCCGGGCGCUGCGAAGGCCUGAGGGGCCUUGACCCGGCCCGAGUGGUGCCGCAGCCGAGGCCCUCAUUUAGAGGACCGAGAUACUUCUGCUGAGCCAGGCGCGUGCGCCCCUCCAGAUGAAGAGGAAAAGCUCUCCGGUGACUCAAAUUGGGGCCCUCGCAGUCACAAGCCGAAGGGAGCCAGGAGCCGAAUUCCGAGGCAAAGGAGUUCAGUGUGGUGGUUCAGUUGGGCAAUCAGAACCGAAAACGCCUGGGGUGUUUAAAAACGCUCCUGCGUGGACUGUUUGUGAACGUUAACGGUACAAGGAUUGGCCGAAGAAAGACACCAUCCGCCCCAGUCACAGCCCCUCUGCCCCUUGUGCGGGAACAUCCUAGGGCCUCGAGUCCAGAACCCUGUCUUUGGAAACUCAGGACCCAGGAAGGAAGACCAGACUUGAAAAGUGAAGGGACAAGCAACACCUUAUCUAGAGAUGGGCAGCGGUACCCCACGUGGGGUUAGAUGGCGAAGAAUUAUAACUUCUCUUGUAGGCACAGGGGCACCUGUUAAAUAAUCAGAAUUGUAUUUAGGAAGAUAAAGUGAGUAGGCUUUGAAAUAAUGCCCUUAAAAUGAUAGACUUCCUACCCACAUCAUCUCUCAAGGCCAAUUUCAGCUCAGUGCUAUUUAAAUCAGACAACUUAGGAUAGAGCCGUGAUUCAACUGGUGUGUGGCAAGAAUUUUUAAAACAUGCAAUACCUGACUAGUCAGGGCCACUGACCUCUUUUCCCUUAGAUUGUCAAAUUAAAAAAUGAGAACAGCCAACAGGCGCCCAGCUCACUAAGGUCCAGAGAACGGCAGGCACACCCAGGACUGGUGUGAAUGAAUCAAAAUUAUAUGUAUAUUUUUGUCAGUGUGCUGCAGAAUUUUAGUCAUUAGUUUAUAUGUGCCAUGAGAUGAAAAAGGUAAAUCGCUGGAAUAGAGAACUUGUAGACCUUACCUGAAUUCUCAAUAGAAUCCAAAUGAAUUCUCGUGUCUUCCACAGUAGGAAAGGGCUGUUUAGAAGCAUCAACCUUCCCAAGAUCACACAGCUAGUAAAAGUAGGACUUAGCUCUAAACUCCACAGUCAGACUUUUCCACUCUACAUACUGACUCAGUAAUUGUCCAUUAAAAAUUGUAUAAAAACUUGGAAAACAGGUUUUUCAGAACAGGUGACCAGCUUGUCAAUGUUAUAUCUGUUUCAUUAACCAACAUUUACUGAAUGCCUAUUGAAUGAAAGAUAAUUAAAACUAGAUUCUGUCUUCAGAGUUCCCUAGAAAUGUACUUAAAAUUUACUUGAAAAUGUAGUGCUUAUUAAUAAAAUCUUUACCAUCUA